CAGUAGAUCGAGUAGGAAACUGGAAAGUGAGACUGAGGGCUCUGGGAUGACAUGCUGCAUGGGGCUGCGGGAUGGUAACAGACUCGGGGCCACACUUCCAGGAAUGCAGUCACUGUACAUGGAGCAUGUGACUUAACCGCCAAGCUACACCAGAACCUCACUAAUAAGAGGAGAGGGUGCAUUUCUAGAAACAAGUUGCUCUGCAGUGGCUCCGUUAUAUCACCUCAAGAUGUACAGCUUCAUGGGAGGGGGCCUGUUCUGUGCUAUCGUUGGUAACAUCCUGUUGGUGGUCUCCACUGCAACUGACUACUGGAUGCAGUACCGUCUGUCUGGCAACUAUGCCCACCAGGGUCUGUGGAGGUACUGCAUGUCCAACAAGUGCUACAUGCAGACUGAGAGCAUAGCUUACUGGAAUGCCACCAGGGCCUUCAUGAUCCUCUCCGGGAUGUCGUGCUUUGCAGGCAUCAUCGCUGGCAUCAUGUCCUUCUCCCACUUCUCCUCCUUUGAAAGGUUCAACCGCUCCUUUGCUGCAGGAAUAAUGUUUUUUGUCUCAACUUUCUUUGUUCUGCUGGGUAUGGCCAUUUACACCGGAGUGACUGUCAACUUCCUGGGGAGACGUUUCGGUGACUGGCGCUUCUCCUGGUCUUACAUACUGGGCUGGGUGGCCAUGCUCAUGACCUUUUUUGCAGGUAUUUUCUACAUAUGUGCCUACAGAAUGUGUGAAUGCAGGAGAGGAACAAGCUCACGCUAGAGAGAGACAGACAGUUUGUUAAACAACAACAACAAAAAACAAUGCUGCUCUGAAUGGAGGACAAACAGACGGCAGUCCAGACUGAUCGAAUGAAGAUGUGUAUGCUGAUGCUGCUCCUGGAGUCCUUUGACGGUUUGAUUAACAUGUUUCCUGAGAGUCAUGAUCUCGCAAGAGGAAUUGUUUUAGGAAUAUGCAUGUUGGGAGCAGAGAGGAAAAACACAAUAAAGCUGAUAAAAUUAAUGUAA